AUGGAGGGCGUCGCGUUGGUGACCGGCGCGCAGGCGGCGCGCAAGACGUACUGCCUGCUCGAGCUCCCCCCAGAGCUUGAAGGGCACCUCGUGGCGGGGAGCGACGCGCCGCCGCUUACGUUCAAUGGGCGGCUUGUGGACGAGGCGGCGCUCGCGACGGCCGACACGACCUACGCGGUGCGCCAAGUGACCCAAAGCAACAGCCUCUUGCUUUGCGGCGUGGAGCACGAUAGCGCGGGGAAUGUGCAGCUGCGCAUGCACCAGAACGCAACCGACACAAUGGAGCUCGUGCCGACGUCUGCGCGCCUCGACCGCAUCACCGCGCUGCUCGACGCGUCGGCGUACGCGGGCGACGCGGAGGAGGGCGCGUGGGCGCGGCGGUACACGCCCAGCGAGCUGCGCUCGGUCGUGCAGGCGAGCGAGAAGGAGCUUGCAGAGGGGCUGCGGCAGCGGCACGUCGUCCUCCUCGACGGGUACAUGCGCCGCGUCGCGCCGUCGUUUGUCUACGAGCUGCUCCGCGUCCUGUUGAACCAGCUCGAUAUUCUGGCGUGCGACGCAGAGAGCGUGCCGUACGCGCCGGCGCUCGAGGCGCUGCAGAUGGCCGCACGGCCCGAGGUCGCGGAAAAGGUGCUCUGCGACUGGUUCUGUGCGCCGCCGCUGCCGAGCGGCGUGCCGACGCACGUCGCGCUCGCGACGCCGGAAAUGGCGCGCUUUAUCGGCAUCCACGUCCUGCGCGAGGCCAAGCGCAUGCCCCUGUUGACGUUUGUCGCAGAGUGGAAAAAGGCCCUCGGGCCGCUCGCGGACGAGGCGCACCUCGCGCUCCUGCACGGCUUCUAUCUCCUGGACCCGCCCCCGACGUCCUUUGCGACGACCAACACACACAGCGCGCCGGCCGCCGAUCCACAGCCCCAGGCGCUCGCGGCGGCGGUCACGAUCCAAUACUUUCCGCAUACGAGCCUGCCGCUUGCGCCGGCGCAGCGUUUCCAGGACCUCUUUUUGAUGCGCACGCAGUGGGUGCGCGAGGAGCUUACGCCGUUCCUGCAGGACCUCGCCGCGACCGCGGGCACGAAAAAGGGGUCGAGCCUCGAAGGUCUCCUCGUGAAGCACGCGCGCGCGUCGCGCGCGCGCUGGAGCCGCGUCCACGCGGCGGUGCUCUUGCGCGGCGAGAUUGCCGAGCACGGCGCGCCGCGCGCGACAGGGACCGAAGAGUGCGUGCUGUACCAAGCGCGUGUCAAGUACUAG